AUGGCUCCCUCGUCCUCAGACAUUUCCCGCGCAGACCUUCGCAAGGCACGCGCUGUCUCCUUCUGCGCUCCAAAGCAGCCAGCAUCCGCACCCGUGCCCCCGUCCCUCGCAAAGUCGCCCUUCCUCCUCAGCCCAGACAGCGUCUUCAAUCGCGACACGCCUCUCCACAAGUUUCCUUCCCAGCAGGAGGAGGAAUGGCUCGGAGACACCGUGCCCCUCGUAUGGCGCAUGGACUCCGCCAUGGCCCGCACUAAGCCCCGGGCAGACAGUAAGGGCACUCUUUCAUCUCGAUCCGUCCUGUCGUCCAACAUCUCUCCUCAAACAGACGGUGCCGUUUACACCACCACCUUCCCUUCCCCAGUCGUCCGGCCUUGGUCAUCACCGCCGUUCGCCUCCUCCUUCCCUCCCACCAUCCUUUGCGCAGCGUCCCCCAACGAUGACUAUGACCGGCGAUAA